AAAACCUUGUUAGUUUGCCUCCACAAAAACCUUUGUGGGUAUGGUUGAACACUCAACACUGAAAACUGAAGAAGCUCACACUCUUUAUCUCUCUGCAUUUGCUAUGCCUCCAAAGCUGUUAUCAGUAUCACACCUUCGUUUUCUCCUCCCAAUGAAGUCCCAAACUCUACCCACGCUCUCUAGAACCUUCUUACUCCCUUUCAAGUUCAACUUCACCCACCUCGCCCUUCGAAACGCAUCGUUUAAGCCUCGCCCCUUCUCCACUCGUGCCCACCGGAAUAGCAGAGAAAACGUUAGGGUUUCCAAGAGUCUUGUCGACGACGAGGCCGAACUCAGCGAUUGGGUCGACGACUUGCGAACCGGCCGCUCCGACCGUUUCUCCGAUUCCACCAGAACCUCCCGUUUCAGCCGCCGGUUGGGUCGCGAGGAUGACGAUGAUGAUGAGGAAGAAGUAGAAGAUAAAUCACGGAGGAAUAAUAGGGCUUCUAUGUUGGGGAAGAGAAGGGGUGAGGAUUUGAGGAGGGGAAGACACAAUGCUGAUGCGAGGAGAAGGUUUCAAUUGAAGAGUGAUGAUGAUGAUGAUGAUGUAGCAGGAAGAAAGUUGAAGGUUGGUGGCAUUGGAGAGUUUCUUAGUGAAGAAGAUGAAGAUGAAGAGAGUGAGGAUGAGGAGGUAUUGAACAAAAGUAGAAGUGCUUUGUUUGGUCAACAAAAGAGGACCACUGAGUCAACUCCAAGACCUUCUUCACCUGGAGGAUCUGAUUCUUAUUUGAGUGACACCAGGUUUGACCAAUGUUCAAUCUCCCCACUUUCAUUAAAAGGAGUCAAGGAUGCUGGGUAUGAGAAAAUGACUGUUGUGCAGGAGGCAACGCUUCCAUUAAUUCUCAAAGGUAAGGACAUCCUUGCCAAGGCUAAAACAGGCACUGGAAAAACAGUAGCCUUUUUGCUUCCAUCAAUUGAAGUUGUUGCAAAGUCUGCUCCAAAUGAUUGUGAUCAAAGGCGGCCACCAAUUUUUGUUCUGGUUAUAUGCCCAACUCGAGAGCUUGCAAGUCAAGCUGCUGCAGAAGCCACCAAACUGCUGAAGUAUCAUCCUACCAUUGGUGUUCAAGUUGUGAUUGGAGGGACAAGACUUGCUUUAGAACAGAAACGUAUGCAAGCAAACCCUUGCCAGAUCCUUGUUGCUACACCUGGAAGGCUUAGAGAUCAUAUUGAGAAUACUGCUGGUUUUGCUUCUAGGAUGAUGGGAGUAAAGGUCCUGGUGCUUGACGAAGCUGAUCAUUUACUAGACAUGGGAUUUCGCAAAGAUAUUGAGAAGAUAAUUGCUGCAGUCCCCAAACAGCGACAAACACUUAUGUUUUCUGCCACCAUUCCAGAAGAGGUGCGUCAAGUCUGCCAUAUUGCUUUGAGACGGGAUCAUGAAUUUAUCAAUACAGUUCAAGAGGGUACUGAGGAGACACAUUCACAGGUCCGCCAGAUGCAUUUAGUAGCCCCGUUAGACAAUCAUUUCUCUUUACUCUAUGUUCUUCUGAAGGAGCACAUUGCAGAUGAUGUUGACUAUAAGGUUCUUGUUUUCUGCACAACUGCUAUGUUUACAAGACUUGUUUCUGAACUUCUUGGUGAGUUGAACUUGAAUGUAAGAGAAAUCCAUUCAAAAAAGCCUCAGAGUUAUAGAACCAGAGUCUCUGAGGAGUUUCGGAAGUCAAAGGGUCUCAUCCUGGUAACUUCAGAUGUGUCUGCCCGUGGUGUCGAUUAUCCAGACGUCACUCUUGUUGUACAGGUUGGUUUGCCAGCGGGCAGAGAACAGUAUAUACAUCGACUAGGUAGAACAGGGCGAAGAGGGAAAGAAGGGCAGGGCAUACUGCUACUGGCUCCUUGGGAAGACUUCUUUUUAUCUACCAUAAAAGAUUUACCUGUUGAGAAAGCUGCAGUACCUUCAGUUGAUCCUGACACUAAGAAAAAGGUGGAAAGAGCUCUAUCCCAUGUAGAGAUGAAGAAUAAAGCAACAGCAUAUCAGGCAUGGCUUGGUUACUACAAUUCCAACAAGAAAGUGGGGGGAGACAAGUAUAGACUAGUGGAGCUUGCAAAUGAGUUCAGUCGAUGCAUGGGGCUUGAUAACCCUCCAGCCAUCUCUCAGUCAGUCCUUGGCAAGAUGGGCCUUAGGAAUAUCCCUGGUUUACGUGCCAAAUAGGUUGUUUAUUCAAUUCAAUUUUUGAUAUAGUCGUGAAAUAUAUAAUGUUCUCGAGUGAAAAUGCUUCUUUAUAAUUUAAUUGUAAGACAUGAAUCAUCUAAAUUUCAAUUAUAGAUAUCGUCCAUUUUCAGUUUAGC